CGCUGCGUGAUUCACAAACCUUAUUUGUUCCUACUACUUUGAGCGCCAUCUUGUUAGGAACUUCUCCCCCCCAGUGCUAGUUUCCACUCAGGGGGUGUCCGGUUACCCCGUUCCUGCCUCCUUAGCGCGGGGAUCUCUCUCUUUCUCCUUCACAGUCGUUCACUACAUCGGCCUUCCUUUAUUCGGUUUUACCUUAGCUUGUAUUCCGUAAGGGGACCAGAAAUGAGCAUCGAAACGCUUCUGGAAGCUGCCAAGUUUUUGGAAUUGCAAGCCCAGCAACAGAGAGCAGGUGAGGAUGAACUGAAAGAAAAACUGCGACUGGAUCAGCUGACAGAGCAAAGACACAUCCAUCUGAACAACUACACAUCUAUGGGCUACAUCAACAAUGUCUUUAAAGCAGAGGUACUCUCCUCUGAGCACCCCCCUGCACCCAUGCCCCCUUCUCUGCCUCCCCCCUCCAUGCCGGUCGCAGUCAUCCCCAUCCCGUUGGUCACACCCAAUCCAGCAGACUCACCUGCCCUUCCAGUGGCCAUGCUCUCUCAUCCAGCUGCUCCACCGGUGGCCUCCCCCAAAAGGGAACCCCCUUCUCCUCAAGAGCAAAGUGUUGCUGCCCCACGCUCUCCCCAAUCCAAAUCUGAUGACCUGAACCACAAGCAGCCCAGAGAGAACCACCAGAACCACCCCUCGCAGAUUCUCCCCCACGCCAGUAACACUAAUGUACAGCAGCAGACGCUCCAAGAAUAUUCUGGGUCCAUCGUCACACCCCCACAGCAGCCCGCUGUAACCCCCCAGGCACUACAGCCGGCCGCCCUAGCCAACAGCCCCACUAGCCGGGGAGGGAGUCCUGACGACGGACGCUUGCUCGACCUCAAGAAAAGGCCUGGGGGGGCAGGCACAAGAGAAGUGCAUAACAAGCUUGAGAAGAACAGACGAGCCCACCUGAAGGAGUGUUUCGAGACACUGAAGAAGAACAUUCCCAACAUCGAUGAGAAGAAGACUUCUAAUCUGAGCGUGCUGAGAAGUGCUCUGAGGUACAUCCAGACAUUGAAGCGUAAGGAGAAAGAGUACGAGCACGACAUGGAGCGUCUGGCCCGAGAGAAGAUAGCCACGCAGCAGCAACUAGAGGAGCUGAAGAACGAGCUGAACCAGUGGAUGGAUGUGGUGGAGAUCGACCGUGUGCUCCGUCAGACGGUGCAGCCUGAAGAGGACCAGGCCUCCACCUCCACUGCCUCAGAAGGUGAAGACGCCAUGGAUGAUGAAGACGAAGACGACGACAUUCCAAUGAGACCACAGAGCACCUCACCCAGCGUACCUGAAGUCCAUAAAGCUGAGCUACAUAAGAUGCCAACACCCACACAGACCUUGACCCAGACCACUCCUGCCCCCUCCUUCAUCAGCCAGCAUAUCUCCAUCCAGCACAAAGCCCCUUUGCAGCCUCCAUGCCAGCUGACACCCACUCCACAGCCACCAUCCAAGCCUGUGGCCCUGCCAAUAUCUACCGCAUGCAGCGCUGCCUCUACCCCCACUCCGGCCCCCAUCCCCGCCCAGCCUAGCAUACACCCCACAGUUAUUGCCCAUGCGUCUGUUUCCCAUCCGUCGGUCAUCCAAGCGGUCAACCACGUCAUCCAGACGGCAGGUCCCAAACACAUAGCACACCUGGCGCCCACCGCUCCCACCAACUCUGUGCAGUUAGCACCUGGCCAGCCGCCUAUCAGCCACAUAACCGUGCACCCGGUGGCCCACCUAGGCCGACACCUGCCCACCCUCUACCCUCAACCCGUGGCCGUCACUCAGCCUGCCUUGAUCAGCCACAUCGCGCACACCCUCGGCCACGUCAACGGUACUGCGGCUGGCCAGCCGACCACCAUCGUGGGCAAACAGACGAUGGUGGCGCAUCACCCACAGCUGGUGGGUCAGACGGUUCUCAACCCCGUUACUAUGGUGACCAUGCCCUCCUUCCCCAUCAGCACUCUGAAGCUUGCCUGAACUUAAACACAUCAAAGCAGGAGGACAACCACAUGCAGGACGUCUCAUUAGCAAAGGUUGCCUGGAAAGAUCCACAGAAUGUAGGAAGAGCAUGUGACCAGCAGUCUGACUGACACACACCACUCACUAUUGUACAACGGUGAUGUUUACUGGUUCAUACAGUGAAAAUGUAGGGGACUCUUUGGGAAGGUCCUGGUGGAGCUAGCCUGCUGCAGAUGAACCAAUAGCACAUUUCAAGCCACCACCAGCUCUGUCCCUUCCUCUAACACACCCAUGUUGCUGGGCCACAUCCAAAUUAUGGACGGAAUGCUCCUUGAUGCACUGGAGCUGCAGUCCUCAGGGACGUGCAUGCUGCAAUGGCUCCCCCUGCUGUCCCCUAAUGGCAUAGUAACAUCUACACUGAAGACAGUGUUGGUAUUGAAAUAUGGAGUUUGUCACAAAUUCUGAUCAAUCGCUAUUCACCAGCUACAAGUCACCAGUACAAUCAACAACUGCCUUCAGAAAGAUAGUAAUGCUCACUUUUAAUUGACAGGAAUUUCUAAUACAGUGGAACCUCGGUUAGGGUGUUUAAUUUGCCACAUCAUGUCUUUGUCUCUCGUCUUCAAUGAAGGUAAAAGUAACCUUAAAAUGUUCAUUUAUCCCUUCCAUUCAUUGGUUAUGUAUAUUUAGAAUUGUUCUAUGCGUGUUAAACUAUAAUUGUAAAACAAAAAUAAACGUUUUGUGUUAACACGAUAGGCUUUCUGGAAAGAUUGAUUGAAUUGACAUUUCUUAUGGGAAAAAUGGAUUUGGUUAGAGUACGUUUUGGUUAGAGUCGGACGUUCUGGAAUGGAUUAAUGAUGCAAACCAAGGUUCCACUGUAUCACAUUUAUCUGAAUAUGAUCCAGUGCAGUUGUACAUGACAAUAAACCUCACGACAGCCUUUUUAUCAAAUAGGGCAUUAUUAUUUGAACUGGCUUUAAAAUGAAUAACAAGUUAAAAGUAAUGAGCUGAGCAAGUCCAACAUCAGAUUUUGAAUGUAAAUACAAAUUUGGAACAUUUUCAUUAGCGCAGACGACCACAGAGUGUUGUGUUACCACUGACAACCAAUCAAGCAAGGAGUCCUGUUGCAUUUAAGGUCAGAUUGACGUUGGCAGUUCAUUUCAUGUCCUUUUGUGGAAAGGAAACCUCUCAUGCUGUUUAUUAUUUUCCAAUAUUAGCACUGUGAACCUCAAUGAUGAGCAUCCAACCUGUGGUUAUCAUAGCACUUAUCGGCAUGCUGUGCUCUCUUCAAUAUUGUGACUUGCGAGAAGAUGUGGAGGAGCAGACCUAUCUUUUUUUUAUUAAAAGUAUAUUAAAGUGUCAAAAGUGUCAAGUUAA